AUGGCCCCCUACGAAAUGCUUUAUGGAAGGAAGUGUAGGACCCCAGUUUGUUGGGGGGAAGUGGGCCAACGAGAAAUCGCGUCAAAAGAAGUAGUGGCCAAGACGAACGAAAAGAUAGAUAUGGUUAGAUCAAGAAUAAAAGCAGCGCAAGAUAGACAAAAGUCUUAUGCGGAUCGACGAAUGCGGCCAAUUGAAUUUCAAGUGGGAGAUCAUGUAUUACUAAAGGUCUCCCCAUGGAAAGGAAUAAUCCGUUUCCGUAAACGCGGGAAGUUAGGCCCUCGAUACAUCAGGCCAUUCAAAAUACUCGCCCGGGUCGGGGCGGUGGCAUAUCAGUUAGAAUUACCACCCGCGCUGGAUGGGAUUCAUAACACCUUUUAUGUGUCUCAGUUGCGAAAGUGCCUUGCGGAUGAGACGGCAUACGUGCCUAUGGAUGACAUUGAAGUGGAUAAGAAAUUAAAUUAUGUUGAAAGGCCCGUCGCAAUCAAGGAUUUUAAAGUGAAACACCUCCAAAACAAAUCUGUUCGACAAGUGUUGGUUCAAUGGCAACAUCGGAAGGGAUCGGAUCUCACCUGGGAAGCGGAGGAUGACAUGCAAAAGCACUACCCGGAAUUAUUUGGUACGUAG